GCCGUCCUCCCGCCUCUCCGCCUACUCCAUCCUCUGCCGCCUCAGCUUCCCGAGCGAGCCCUGCGGCCGCCGGAGCAGCUCCCGCGGUGGAGCAGGAGCCGGAUGGUCAGAGGAGCCCGGCAGCCCCAGCAGCCGCGGAGUCGCCUGGCCCCCAGACUGACUGGCACAGUGGAGAAACCACCUCGAAAACGGAAAAGCAGGACUGAAUUUGCUCUUAAAGAAAUCAUGUCCUCUGGAGGUGCUGAAGAUGACAUCCCGCAGGGAGAGAGGAAAACAGUUACAGAUUUUUGUUACCUUCUGGAUAAGUCUAAACAACUGUUCAAUGGGUUAAGAGAUUUGCCACAGUAUGGGCAGAAGCAGUGGCAGUCCUAUUUUGGAAGAACUUUUGACGUUUACACCAAACUCUGGAAGUUCCAGCAGCAGCAUCGACAAGUCUUGGAUAAUCGGUAUGGCUUGAAGCGGUGGCAAAUAGGGGAAAUUGCUUCUAAGAUUGGGCAGCUAUACUACCAUUAUUACUUACGCACAUCUGAGACCAGCUAUCUGAAUGAGGCUUUCUCCUUCUAUUCUGCAAUCAGACAGAGGUCAUAUUAUUCUCAAGUCAAUAAAGAGGACAGACCCGAGUUGGUAGUUAAGAAGCUAAGAUACUAUGCAAGAUUUAUAGUAGUUUGUCUUCUUCUCAACAAAAUGGAUGUUGUGAAGGAUCUGGUGAAGGAAUUGUCUGAUGAAAUUGAAGAUUAUACUCACCGCUUUAAUACUGAAGAUCAAGUGGAGUGGAACCUAGUGCUUCAAGAAGUCGCAGCUUUCAUUGAGGCGGACCCCGUAAUGGUACUGAAUGAUGACAACACCAUUGUGAUCACAUCGAACCGCCUCGCUGAGACGGGAGCCCCUUUGCUGGAACAGGGCAUGAUUGUGGGACAGCUGGCUCUGGCCGACGCACUCAUUAUUGGUAAUUGUAACAAUCAGGUUAAGUUCAGUGAACUAACUGUUGACAUGUUCCGGAUGUUGCAAGCCCUGGAAAGGGAGCCAAUGAAUUUAGCCUCCCAGAUGAAUAAGCCAGGAAUGCAGGAAUCAGCCGACAAGCCUACCAGGCGAGAAAACCCCCACAAGUACCUGCUCUACAAACCCACCUUCAGCCAACUGUACACAUUCUUAGCAGCAUCUUUUAAGGAGCUGCCUGCCAAUAGCGUGCUCCUGAUCUACCUGUCAGCCACCGGCGUCUUCCCCACAGGUCGUUCUGAUAGUGAAGGUCCCUAUGAUUUUGGAGGGGUACUUACUAAUAGUAACCGGGAUAUUAUAAAUGGAGAUGCCAUCCACAAACGAAAUCAGUCCCACAAAGAAAUGCACUGCCUCCACCCCGGGGACCUCUAUCCUUUCACACGGAAGCCCCUGUUCAUCAUUGUGGACUCAUCCAAUAGCAUCGCAUAUAAGAAUUUCACAAACUUAUUUGGACAGCCACUAGUCUGCUUGCUUUCUCCUACAGCAUAUCCAAAAGCUUUACAAGAUCAAUCUCAACGAGGUAGCCUCUUCACUCUCUUUUUGAACAAUCCUCUAAUGGCCUUCCUAUUUGUCUCUGGAUUGUCAAGCAUGCGUAGAGGCCUGUGGGAAAAGUGUCAAGAAUAUCUUCGAAAAAUCAACCGCGACAUUGCCCAGCUACUGACGCAUUCACGUUCAAUAGACCAGGCGUUCCUGCAGUUCUUCGGAGAUGAAUUUCUCCGCUUGCUUCUCACAAGAUUUGUCUUUUGCUCAGCCACCAUGAGGAUGCACAAGAUUUUUCGGGAAACACGAAACUAUCCUGAGUCAUAUCCACAGCUGCCAAGAGAUGAGACAGUGGAGAACCCUCAUCUCCAGAAGCACAUUUUGGAGUUGGCCUCCAUUCUGGAUGUUCGAAACGUCUUCUUUGAAAAUACCAUAGACGACUAUUAACACAAAAUCCUCGUGUCGAAACAGUUUUUCAUUUGCCACAGAUUUUAAAUGGUGCCGUUUUCUAAUGUGAUGACAGACACACAGUGAUGUUACUUAGGUUUUUAUUUUUUAAUUUAGGACCACCAUUUUAAGAACAAACUGAAAAAAUUGUUCAUACUUUUAGGGUAAUUAUUUUAAAAUACAAUCUUUUGGGUCUUUUUAAAAACUCAACUAAUCUUGGGAUUUUUUUUCUUUUUCUUUUUUGGUCUUGAGGUAUGGAAACUUGCCUCCAGCAUCUAACCCUACACUCAAAUAGUCACUAUUCUCACCCUGUGAAGAGUAAAUUAUUUAUUUUUGUACAAUGAAGAAAAUCCAACUCUUAAACUUGGACCUUUCGUGUGUGGAUUUGGAAAAUACAUAAUUGUUCAGAGAGGAAGCUAGCCAGCAUGGACUAUUAGAAAUCAAGAACAGAGUCCUGCCGUACGAUUUCUCUUCAUUCCAACUUAGUAGGUAGAAAGUGUAUGAUUCUCUGAAGUAUAAUCAACACAGUUCUUGAAAUCAUUUCACUUGUUUAAAUACUGUCAGAAUUUCAGAAACUGUAUAAGACUGAUUUGCAUCUGAAGGCUAAAUCUUUCACUGGGGUCUUGAGAGGGAUGAAUAUCGUUUGGAAUGUGUGAGUCCUGUGUUACUAUGAGAUAUGUUUGCCUAUUUUGUUUCCUUCAUAGUCUUUGAGUAUUGAAAUGAAAAAAAAGAACCACUUUUAAGUAUUUCAUUUAAAAUGCAGAUUGUUGGUUCAAUAACACAGUAUUUGCAGUUGGAAUUCUAUUUAAAUUCUUUGUUCGUAAGAUCAGGUUUAAAGACUGCCUAGAUGGAAGCCCGUGGAACACAGUUCAGACUUUGUAAUCUUUUUGCAUAGUUCAUAUUUAUGAGACUUCAGAGUCAGAGAUGUUACUCAUUUUAGCUGAGGGUAACUGAAUUGCUAUUUAACCUAAAAUGGAAGUUGCUUUUGCAUUGACAAUUUGGCAAUAAGGUUUUUUAAAACCUGUUUUAUUUAAUAUUUUAUAUACAUGCACAAGUUUUUUAUUAUUUUAAAUAGGACUCAGUAUAUAAUAUAAAGAUGUUUGUGUUUUUCCUCCCUGUCAUCCCCUUCAUAAUUUUGCAGGCACUAGCUGUGAUGUUUUCCCCUCUCUUUUAACUCCACAGAAUUCAAGUUCAGAAAGUCACGAAUCAAAUUUCUGCUUAAUUUUCUGUACAGGCUUGCAUUCUACCUCUGGCAGCCCCGGGGGAAAUGGUGAUAGCUUUUGCAGCCGCUUUCCUAUGUCCUUAGGGAAUUUUUUCUGUAAUAUUUUCAACUUGGUUUUCAUUUCUGUCAUACAGAAUUAGUUGGGUCCAAGUUAUUAAUAUAUUUGUUUCAAUUGGCUGACUUUUCACCUGAAGUCUUGAAGCUACUGUUCUUGGUUUGGGGGGACUUUGUGAUGUUUUAUUAAUUUUUGAAUUGUUUGUUCUUUUAAACAGUAUUUCGGAAAGCUUUGGAAACAUUAUUCUGGGUAGAUAUUUUCUUGCUCAUGGGUGAUUUUUCCUUAGCAGAUAGACUGUUUUCCCUUUUCUCAGCCCCUUCGCUAACGUUGGAGCUUUCCUGUGAGCUCUGCAUUCACCUGACUCCAGCAGGACAGACCUUAGUGGGCUGGCUGCUGUAUCAGCUCUCCUGAAGUUCUGUGCCAGUGACAUUCCCAGCAACACAUAUGUUCCUGUUCUCUGAUGCUUAAGAUAAUAUUUUACAUCCUGAGCUUUAUCCUCACCUGUUUAGCAUAAAGAACACUGGUCUGAGAACUAGGAGGCCUGAGUUCUAAUUCUGCCUUUCCUGGUAAUUAGCUUUAUGCCCUGAGCAGGUGUCUGCAUGUCUCUGCUUUUUAGCAUUCUCCUCUGCAAAGUGAAGGCAUUGGCCCUGGGUGCUGUCCAAUUGCAUGGUUCUAUAAUUUGAACUCUUGAUUCCAAAGGUAUUGAUUUCUUUACUCAUGUCACCUGGAAAACUAGUUUCCCUGAUUUUAGUGUACACAAUAUUUACUUUUCUAGAUUAUAUUUAACUAGUUUUUGUUCAAGAAAAUAUCUGGGUCCCACCUAGUUGUUGUAGAAACUAGUUCAGAGAGAGUGAGUCCUGAAAUAUUAGAGCUUCUGUGAUGAGAAAUGUGUUUAUCUAACAACAAAGGGUCUCAGACAUCACAGCAAGGGUUUAGAUGAUGACAUUGCUUCUUAAGCUAAUGGUGGUAUAAAUUGCUUACUGGUAGUUAAAAUUUUUAAGUGAGCCAAAGUGAUCUUGAGAGGAAAACUGCUAGAAAAUUCUAAACUAUUGUUUCAUUCAUGCCUUCAGAAAAAAAGUGUUGAACAACAUCCCCACCCCAGAUUCUGUUCUAGGUGCUGUGGGAAAGCAGUCAAAGUAGACUUAAAAAUUCCUGUCUUCAGGAAGCUUCUACUCAAGUAAGAGGAGUCGGGCAAUAUGUGUAAUAAUUAAGUAAUUUUAUGUUAGAAAUUUAUAAGUAGUAUAAAGAAAAAUUAGAUCACUGUAAGAGAAAUUUUAUUUGUUUCUUUUGGGGCAAAGAGCAAUGUUGCAAUGAGUGAUCAGGGUAGGCCUUAUUAAGAAGAUCACAUUUGUGCAAACACUUAGUAUUUCUUUGUCUUUUCUCUCUAUGGUUUUUUUACCUUUUAUUAUAAAAGUUUUAAACAUAAACAGAGGUUACUGAACCCCCUUGUACAUUUUACGGUGUUACUUUCAUCAAGGACAAAGAAACGUGGAAGGACAAUCACCCAGUGGGGUCAAGACAGCAGCGGCACAGAGUCUUCAUUUUUUCCAGUGCACGCUGCUCCCCUUUAGAAAUAUAAAGAUAUUGAGGCCUUUAUUUAUUUAUUUUUAGAUUUCAUAGAAAUUGAAAUAUUGGAACUAAGAACAGAGCAAAGCAAUAGGAAAGGGCACUUCUUUGUUUUCAAACGGCACACACUCCCCCUGGAGAUUCUGAUACAGUCUCUUAUCCUUAAAAUCACCAUAAACAAAAUAGGGAGGAGAAGACUCCAAGAAGUCAGCUAUACACAAAACAAAAUUAAGCACAAAGAAUUAAUUUAUCUUUCUUCACCCAUAUAUUUCUGAAGUUGAUAAUGUACCUAUCUUCCCUAUUUUACAAAAGGGAAAUACACGACCCCACCACCACCAAAACUAUUCAUUUACUCACAGUGAUAGUUAGAACUCAGAUCUCCUGAUCUCAGCCCAGUCUUUCCAGUAGCUCAGGUUGUUUUCUAUAGUGACCGAGAAAGAAAUAAUUAGAGAUUUAUAUUUUGGCACAAAGGUUAUGAUAUUUUUUAAUAUCAAAUAUUAAAACCAGUAAAUCAGUCAGCCCUAGCAAAUUUUUGUGCAUUAAUUAUAAAGAAUCCACAAAAGUUAGACCUUUUGUCUUUGAUUUUAGCCAGGAUAUGUGUGUGUGUGUGUGUGUGUGUGUGUGUUUUCCUUUUAGGAAGUGGUGCUCUCAAAACCUCUCAAAGCACAUAGAAUUUAUCGUACCCUUUAUAUUUUUAUCAAGCUGAAAUGUUCUGCGAUUAUAAAAGCAAAGUGCAAUCUAGUCAUGACUGAAACUUUUCUGAUCUGGAGUCUGGGUUUUAUUUUUCCUCACAUGUGGCUUUUGCCAUCUGUUUUGUUUUUGUAAUAGAAUUCCCUGAAACAGAUUAGGUGGUGAUUGAACUGAAUUUCAUUGAGGUAAAGGGAAAAUCAGCAAAUCUGCUUUUUUAUAUAUCAGUUAUGGAGCUUUUUGUAGCAUUCUUCUUCAGGUUUAAUCUCUGAUCUGUGUGACUGUAAUUUUCUGUCUCUCAGAAGGGGUUUGGCCUCAGUUGAAAAAUCUUGUAGUUAUCCAUGGAGACUUGUAAUCAGCCUGAUACACAGAGAACAUUCUUCACUGGAUAUAUAGUAAGGUACCAAGGUCUGCAAACUUGGCUACUGCCAGUGAUUCAGAAUCCCACCCCCGACCCUAAGUGAGUAAAAGAUUUGAUUUUUAAUAUGAAUGGUAUGAAUCUCCUUGUGAUAUUUUGGGUGUAUAUGUGUUCCUGUAUGUUUGAUUGGAGAGAGUAAAGAGUAUUUAUGUUGAGGGCUCCUUUGUUUUUAUUUACUUGAAAUCCUUACUUGUAAUGGUAUGUGUAUAUUUUUAUGAUGCUAAAUGCAAUCUGUAUACUUUUUGUAUAUAUGUACAUGUUUGUAAAUAUAUUGGUAUGCAAUGAUAUAGUAUGUGUAUAUUAUAUACCCGUACCCAUUGUGGGCUGAGUUUAUUUACGUUCUGUGAGGACAUCAGAGUGGCAUUGUUCAUGCUGCUGUAAUUAGGUUGUGGCUGUAGCUCAUUCAUGAGCCUCUAUUUUAAGGGGCUUUUGUUUGGGUAAAAUGGGUAAAUUUGGGGUUGAAAUUAGGGUACAAAAAUCUUAACAGAUGGCUGGAUAUUCUUAGCUUUAAAUUCAUCUGCCGAUUUUCUUUUAAACUGAUGAUAAAUUAGUGAUAUAAACCUGAAAAACCUAAGUAUGUGAAACUGAGACACCAGCAGAUUCUUAAGCUGCAUUAGUCCUUUAUUUUCUUGAUCCAUAGUUGAAUAUUAUUACUGAGUAGUAAAGUAUUUAUGCUGAGAAUCGAGGGACUGUGGGAAAAAUUACUUUGAUCACAUUUCAAAAUAGAUAGGAAAAUGUCCUUUAAAUAGGGACUAUGUUCUUAGUUGCCAUUUUAUUGCCUGAAACUGACUUUUAAUUUUGGAACAGUUGUUUUCACCAUUGUGUCUCUGUGACUCCAUGAGGCAGAAAAAGGGGCAUUAGCUAGGGGACUUAGGUUGGGUGAAAUUCAUUGAGAGCAGGGGGUUGUUAUUGGCAUAUUUACAGCAGCUGUGAUCACAUUAGUCCCAUCGUGGCAUUUCUGACUGUACAUGUUUCUUAUGGGGGUUGCAUAUCAAAGAUGAGUAUGUUCAUCUGAGCAAAUGCUUCCAGUGAAUAAAAGGCCUCCAGUUGUAUUUCUUUGUCUCUAUGAGAUCGCUUGUGUUCUGCAAAUUGAUGAUACAUUCAUACAUGAAGUAGGAUUCUUAAUAUUAGGUGCAUGACGUGCUCUAAAUUCUGGGCCUUCAAACCUCUACCAAAGAUGACAGGUGGGGGAGAUAAGAGGAUAGUAAUUAUGUACAGUGCCAAUUUGUGAGCCUGUGAUAUAUCACAGAGUAUCCAUGUUCAGUUACGCUUGUCUUCACUGGGCAUGUUUAUUUGCAUGGAAGCGUGUAAAAGAUGUUUAGUAUACACUUGAAUACAGUCACCACAGAAAUUAAUUAGAGGUUAUUUUUGCAUGAUAAAAUAGAACUGCAAAACAACCGUUUCCCCCAGUAUUCUUCAGAAGAUUAAUUCUAUCUGACCCAAUGUUAAAUUAUCUUAGAGAAGUUAGAAUCAGGAAUCAAUUUUACCACCCCCAAAAUACUACAUUUGCCUCUUCAUUGUAGUUUUAAUAAAAGUCAACUAUUCAUAACACUUCUCAAUUAAAGUCUUAAAUUUAAAAUGUUAUAAAUAUUAAAAUUUGCUAAUGUGGCAUUUUGAAAAAUCAGUGAACACGUUCAUAGUGUUGGAUGUUCACCAGAUCAUUUGUUGCAAUUGGAGACUAGCAGAGCAGGUGUUACGCUAUUGGGUUGGCCAAAAAGUUCGUUUGUUUUUUUCUGUGAGAUUGUAUUGUGACAGCUGUCAUAUCAGUGUGCACUUUUUAAAAACUUACCAAACAUUUUGUGUGGCCAUUUUAAUAUUGAAGAUGAAAGAAAAUAUGCAACAUUUUCUGCAUAGCAUGCUUUAUUAUUUCAAGAAAGGCAAAAACACAACUGAAAUACAAAAACAAAGAUUUGUGCAAUGUAUGGAAUAGGUGCUGUGGAUGAUCGAAUGAGUUAAAAGUGGUUUGCAAAGUUUUGUGCUGGAGAUUUCUCACUGGACGAUGGUCCAUGGUCAUAGACCAGUUGAAGCUGACAGCAAUCAAAUAGAGAACAAUCGACGUUAUACCACCACAUGGGGAGAGUGACACUCAAAAUAUCCAAAUCAGUGAAGUUAUUGGUGUAAAUGAAAAAACUGUCUUUACGAAAAGAACUAAACGGACACAUUGACCAACCCAGUAUUUAAAAUUCAUGGCACCCACUCGGGCUCAGUGUGGGCAUUGAUUUGAGGAGAGCAGCAACAAUAAGUGCAGUAGAUGAGGUUCCACUGUGAAUAGGACUCCAACAGCUGCAGAGCCAGUUGCUUGGUGGUUGUAUCAGGAUGGCUUAGAAAACCAAGCACUUUCCCCUGUUCUCCUGUACUCCUAGACAUUGAUACUCUGACCCUAAUAGUGCUACCCAUUCUCCCCUGCAUACUAUGACCACCUUAAAAAUUUUUUUUAAAUGGCACUUUGUUUUCCUCAAUCUAGAAUUUCAAAACUGUGUCCAGCUUCACUGAGUUUUUUUUUUUUUUGGACACAUAUUUCACAAGCAUAUCUUCUGUUUAAGGAAAAAUAAUUGGUAUGUUAAUGGAAUCAGUCACCUAUUGGAAAGAAGGAUGUCAGAAGGACAGUGCAAGGGACGUGCCCCUAAAUGGGUGAAGAGAAAUGUAUUAAUAUAACUAAUUUGUUUGUGCCAUAGAAAUAUUUCCAUCUGUAGGUAUGGAAUAUUGUUAAGCUAAAAUUGGUAUUUUUCACUUAUUUGGUGUAAUACUGGCUUUUGAGAAGAAUUUCAUUUCUGCAUAACACUGUUACUUAAUCACUGAUUGAAGCACCAUUUCUUAAUUUUAAAAUAUUUUUGUUAAUUUGUGGUUUUUUUAUUAUUUUUAAAAUUAGUUAUCAAACUGAAAUUUUUAAAACAUUUGAAUAGUAGGUCAGAAUUUUUAAAUAGUUUGAAGUAUAUUAAUUUUGCACUCCACAUUCAAUUGAUCAUAAGCCUGAAUUUGGUCACAGAACAGACUGUAAGUUGGGAGUAUUUUCCUAUUUGGGAGGACAAUUCCAGGAUGUCCUAAGACAAUCAUCUUUUUAGGUAGAGUGUUGUGUUUAUUGAGACAUUGGUAAUUUCAGGGUUCAGAUUCUUUCUGGUAGGUUUAUGGAAUGAAAGUUAAUAGACUGAGUGAUGUUAUCACUUUCAGGAUGAGAUAGAAAAUUAUAGCAGCCUUCUUACAGGUCUGCAGUAAACAAUAUUUAAAUUUUAUGUUAGUUCUGGCCAUUGUGGCUCAGUGGAUUGAGUGCCAGCCUGAGAACCAAAAGGUCACUGGUUCAUUUCCCAGUCAGGGCACAUUUCCUGGGUUGCAGGCCAGGUCCCCAGUAGGGGGUGAGGCAACCAAUCGCACACUGAUGUUUCUCUCCCUCUCCUUCUCCCUCCCUUAUCCUCUCUCUAAAAAUAAGUCAAUAAAAUCUUUAAAUGUUUACAGGUCUAUUUUAAAAUAAUAUGUUAUAUCACUAAUAUUCUUUUCUCUUUUGGAACUUUCAAAUCUCCAUUUGUCCAUGAUUGAAAAUUAAGAUUAGUGAACAUUACAACUUGACCCAUAAGUUUUCUCAAGCAUCAAAUCAGUGUGAUCGACCACGGUAAAAUGUGAAAUGAUUAUAUAUGAUUAUCCUAAGGUAAAUAUUUCCAAACCACAGGGAAAUAACCCCAGUAUUUUUUAAAAUCUUAUUCCUGUCCUCCUUUGCAUGUCACUGAUUUUUUCUAAAUUAUAAAAAUGUGUUGUGAUAUAUUAAAAUCCACAAGAAAAACUGCAUUAAAUGUUUUAGGGCAAUAAGAAUUAUUACUGUUUCUUGAAGAAGGAGUUCUUUAAAAACAAACUCGUUUCUUCAUCUUUUAUUAAAAAUAAUUUUUAAUGGUUCAGUAAAAUGCUUUAGGACUUGACUUUCACGGCUUUUUACAGUUAUCUGGGUACAUUCCUUUCGUCACAUAGACCACGUGGCUAGUUCUCCAAAUGUUUUUGUUUUUAAUAAACCUGCUGUUAAAUAAUCAGAAUCUUAUGUUUUAGAGGUUUCUUCUUGUUAAGGUGGAAAGGUCUUAGAUACUAGGAAAGGCAGAUGUGAUGUCCUAAUAUUUCAUAGUAGAGCUUACAAGUGAAGGAAUUUAUCCAAAUAGGUUAUCUUCAGUGUGUAGCACCAGUACAAAUAGGGGUUUCAUGAGUCAUUGGAUCUGAUGAAGCAGUGAUAAAUCAUCUCUUAAUUUGCUCUAAUAAUUAUUGUCAUUUCAGGCCACAUUCUUUUCUUUGAGCAAUUUCCACGGUCAGGUUGAAUACCGUUUUUCUUUAUUCAAAUCAUCACAAAGGUUAAGAUAAUCAAAUAGGAGUUAAAAUGAAUUAUGUUUGAUUGUUUUUCCCUGAAAAUAAUGGUGAACCUAUUGUCUGUAUUAUGAAUAUUAGGCAGAAAUGCACUUGUUCCGAUCAUAGCAGAAAUUACAUCUGGAGAAUAUAACUGAUUUUCUAGUGGUGUGAAAUACUUUUUAAAAACUGUGCUUGUCUGUAACUGAAAUGUUAUAGAAUUGUAACAAUAUAGGGAUUAUAGAGUUAUAUUAGCUCUCCUCAAGACAUUGAAGCACAAUAAUUUUCAUGUAACAGUUUUUAUCCAAGUGCUGCUAAUCUGUUGUGCAAAUAAUGAAGCUAUUUGAUUGCCUAUCUAGCUAUUCACAAAUGACUAUAAUCCUUGAGACGUAGUCUUGUUGCUCACUUGUAGUAAAUUUUGGGUAUUGUGGGUUAACACUUUAGAACAGAAUCCAUCAAUUCAGUUGUGAGGCAGCAAACCAUUUGAAUUCAUUAGUUUUGUAUGCAUUGUCAGUAGAAUAAAUUUUGAAGGGGCUAUUUACUACCAAUGACUAAGAGGGAAUAUUAUAUUGUAUCAUUUGACUUGAACUUUUGUGAUCUUGUAAGUCUUGUCUGUUGUGUUUGAAACUUACUUAAGCCAUACAUACUCUUAAUGAUGUUUUUUAUGUUCUUUCUCAGCAGCCUUUUUGUCUGGUAUGGUUAAUAGCUUAUAAAAAUUGAGAGGUUAUUGAAACAUUUUUUUUCCUUGAGUUCAUCACUUUUGACUCUUGUAUAUGGGAUUUGUCAUAAAGAAUAGUCAGCCUUUCACUUACUUCACAAAAUGAAUUUCAGAAUUAAACACUGUGACCUGCAGAGCGGAUUUAGUAGGCCCCCGUCUUUCCAGUUUUCUUCUUUCAUAUGGUGCCUACCACCUUGAGGGAGCUUAAAUACUAGAGGAUGGGAAGUUAAACAUUGUCAUUUUUGUUUAUUGAGUAACAAGAUCACACAGCAUUUGAUUUUUGUUGUCAGUGUAUUGAGAGCAUUUUUACAUUAAUAAAUGUUCUGUAGAAAUGUGACUACAUUCAUCAGAUGUGAACUCUUGUAAAUGAAUUUUGUA